UCGUCGGACUGCGCCUGUCACCUCCCGGCUUGCUGCGGCGCUGGAGCCUGAGGAGCCGGAGGUGGUGGCAGAGGAGGAGGAGGAGGAGCGGGCGCCAUGGCGGUUCUUCUGGAGACCACUUUGGGCGACGUCGUCAUCGACUUGUACACCGAGGAGCGGCCUCGCGCCUGCUUGAAUUUCCUGAAGUUGUGCAAAAUAAAAUAUUAUAACUAUUGCCUUAUUCACAAUGUACAGAGGGAUUUUAUCAUACAAACUGGAGAUCCUACAGGGACUGGCCGAGGAGGAGAGUCUGUUUUUGGUCAACUGUAUGGUGAUCAAGCAAGCUUUUUUGAGGUGGAGAAAGUGCCAAGAAUUAAGCACAAGAAGAAAGGCACUGUAUCAAUGGUGAACAAUGGCAGUGAUCAACAUGGAUCACAGUUCCUUAUUACCACAGGAGAUAAUCUAGAUUACCUUGAUGGCGUUCACACAGUGUUUGGAGAAGUGACAGAAGGCAUGGAUAUAAUUAAGAAAAUUAAUGAGACCUUUGUUGACAAGGACUUUGUACCUUAUCAGGAUAUCAGGAUAAACCAUACAGUGAUUUUAGAUGAUCCAUUUGAUGACCCUCCUGAUUUAUUAAUUCCUGAUCGAUCACCAGAGCCUACAAGGGAGCAACUAGACAGUGGGCGAAUAGGAGCAGAUGAAGAAAUUGAUGAUUUCAAAGGAAGAUCUGCAGAAGAAGUAGAAGAAAUAAAGGCAGAAAAAGAGGCCAAAACUCAAGCUAUUCUGUUAGAAAUGGUGGGAGACCUUCCAGAUGCAGACAUUAAACCUCCAGAAAACGUUCUGUUUGUGUGUAAAUUGAAUCCAGUCACCACAGAUGAGGAUCUGGAGAUAAUAUUUUCAAGAUUUGGGCCAAUAAGAAGUUGUGAAGUUAUCCGUGACUGGAAGACAGGAGAAUCUCUAUGUUAUGCUUUUAUUGAAUUUGAGAAGGAAGAGGAUUGUGAAAAAGCGUUCUUCAAAAUGGACAAUGUACUUAUAGACGACAGACGAAUACAUGUGGAUUUUAGCCAGUCAGUUGCAAAAGUUAAGUGGAAGGGAAAAGGUGGAAAAUAUACCAAGAGUGAUUUCAAGGAGUAUGAAAAGGAACAGGAUAAGCCAUCUAAUUUGGUUCUGAAAGAUAAAGUAAAGCCCAAACAGGAUGCAAAAUACGAUCUUAUAUUAGAUGAGCAGGGGGAGGACUCAAAGUCAAGUCACUCACACACAAGUAAAAAGCAUAAGAAGAAAACUCGUCACUGCUCUGAAGAAAAAGAAGACGAGGACUACAUGCCAAUCAAAAAUACCAAUCAGGACAUCUACAGGGAGAUGGGGUUUGGCCACUAUGAAGAAGAAGAAAGCUGCUGGGAGAAGCAGAAGAGCGAGAAGAGAGACCGGCCGCAGCACCGGAGCCGGAGCCGGAGCCGGUCCCGAGAAAGGGACGGCCACUUCAGUCACAGUCACAAGUCCAAGCACCAAGCUGAUGCCUACGAGAGGGAAAGGAGCAAAAAGAGAGACCGGAGCAGGAGUCCCAAGAAAUCCAAAGAUAAAGACAAGUCCAAGUACAGAUGAGCAGCUGCUGGACAGGAGUGCUCACGGGGGCCCGGGGCUCCACUGCCUCUGGCCGUCCACCCUGGGGCCUGGCCCUGGAGACUGAUACUGAUUUGUAGUGGGCUUGAGGCGCGGAGCAGUGGAACAUUUCCUUUGUAUACAUUUUCUACAGUCUUCUUGUUAGAUGUAAUAGUCUCCAUUUUUCCAAGUCUUUCGCAUUUUUUCACUUUUUUAAAAGGAACUAUUGUGUAACUAUGAAAAUGCACAAGCGUGUCGAACGCAUAAAGAAAAAUAAGAGGCUGGGCAUGUGCAGGACCCUGGAUUUGAACUCCGCACCACGUGUCCUACUGUGACACUCCCCCCAAGCCCCCUGUUUGACUCCCAGAACAGUAGCAGACAAAAAGUAUAAAUAAAUAUGUAUAUAUCUCUGUGUUCAGCCAGUUUAAGAAAUAGAAUAUCACCUUCACUUUCUAAGUCCCAUGUACCUUCUCUUUAAAUAAUUUUUUUCAAAUAAUUAUUUUGAUGUUUGUGUUGUUUUCUUGUUACUGUAGUUUUGCAACGUAUGUAUCUGUCCCUAAGUGAAAUGUUAAGUUUCCUGUGUUUUUGAAUUUUAUAUAAAUGGUAUAUUAUAUGUUCA